CUGCCGCAUAGACACGUGGUCGCUUCAAGAGUCCCCCAGCGCCUGCAGAGAAAAUUUAGCAACCAAGAUAGAGAGAGAGAGAGAGAGAGAGAGAGGGGGCAAACCCAGUUUGGUUCUCACUUCUCACUCCUCACUCAACUCUCAAAUUCUGAAUCAGCAGGGUUUUGGUUCUGCUCCAAAUUAGGUUUAGGGUUUUGAAAUUGAAUGUAGGAUAUGAAUUUUUAAGGAAUUUUUUAAGUAGAAGAAAAAUGAAAGGGAUGGUUCUUCAAACACCUUCCACAAUUUCAAGAGGAAAGCUUCCAUUGUUGGCUUUGGUACCUUGCUAUACCAUAAUUUCCAGAAGAGCCAUCUCAACUUCCCCUUCAUUAAGAUGUAGAGAACUAUCAAGGUUGAAAUCUGUGUGCGACACUAUCAGAGCACAGGCAUCUAAUGUCGGUGUUGGAUCUGCGGGCUAUGGAGGGAGGGAGGAAAAUGACAACCAAAAAAUCUUUGUCAAUGAUGCACAAAGUGACAGUUCAUCUAAAAUUGGGAAACCUCCUAAUCGAAUUCCAUACCUUCUCUCUCUGGCCUCUGUGCUAUUUGGAUGUGCUUUUGUAUAUUCAUUGAUUGCCUUUGUGAAAGGAGGACCUUCAGCAAUUUUAGCAGCAAUUGCGAAGUCAGGCUUCACUGCUGCAUUCUCAUUGAUAUUUGUUUCUGAAAUUGGUGACAAGACAUUUUUCAUUGCUGCACUCUUGGCCAUGCAGUAUGAGAAAGGGCUGGUUCUUCUGGGGUCCAUGGGUGCUCUUUCACUUAUGACAGUCUUGUCGGUCAUAAUAGGACGGAUAUUUCAUUCGGUGCCUGCGCAGUUUCAGACAACCUUACCCAUUGGAGAAUAUGCAGCAGUAACUCUUUUAAUGUUCUUUGGCCUCAAAUCAAUAAAAGAUGCGUGGGACCUUCCAUCAAAGGCAGCUGGUGAUAAGAACAUCCCCGAACUUGGUGAAUACGUUGAAGCAGAGGAGCUUGUAAAGGAAAAGGUGUCAAAACGACUCUUAAAUCCGCUUGAAAUUUUGUGGGAGUCAUUCAGCCUCGUAUUUUUUGCUGAAUGGGGAGAUCGCUCGAUGCUAGCAACAAUUGCCCUUGGUGCUGCUCAGUCUCCUUGGGGCGUGGCAAGCGGGGCAAUUGUUGGACAUCUUAUUGCAACAUCAAUCGCCAUUGUUGGGGGAGCAUUUCUGGCCAAUUUCAUCUCUGAAAAACUGGUUGGCUACUUGGGUGGAGCACUGUUUCUGAUUUUCUCUGUAGCCACAUUUCUAGGAGUGUUCUGACAAAUUUUGGGGAGUCAAUGGAAUAAUUUAAAAAAGGAAAUCUUUUUUACAAAAAAUACUUAUGCGGUACUGAACUCGACUUGGAAUUAGAUGCUAGGGAUAUAGACAGAAGAAGAGGGAUCACAAACUCCCAUUGAAGAUGAUGUGGGACAAAACUGUACUUGUAGUAAUAGAUAUGUUUAAGAGAAAUUUUUUCCGUAGAGAAUUGUGGCAGUGUUGAUCAAUAAUUCCCUUGAGCCUGAAAUUAAUGAGUUUUACUCGGUUUGUCCUGUGACCAGCUUCAAUAUUCAGAGCUUUUUGGAUGUGAUUAUUUUCGUAUAUUUCGGAUGUUUUGUUGUCAAUGAUGUUGAUGGAUUUUCCACCUUGCUUA